CAUGUUACCAGUAAGUUAAAAAAAGUGCCAUUCUUUUGAAAUUGGAUACACAUCCAUUACCUUUAAUACUACCUCGAGAACAACAGAAAAACUGAAGACACUGGUGAGUGGUAAAUCAACCCACCGCACCACCACUAAACUAAAAGUACCAAGAGCCAAAAACCCACCUACGGAGAGAGGGAGAGGUUACGAGUUACCACUCACAAUAUGUUCCUGCAAUUUCUCGUUGCAGACAACAGAGAAGAAAAAAAAAUGGGGUUUAUUUUUCUAGUUGUUGUACUAGUAUUGUUCCAGGGGUUUCUUAUUUCUCCGAUUUCUUGUCUCCUCAACUCCGAUGGUUUGUCACUUCUUGCCUUAAAAGCAUCUAUCUCGACUGACCCAUAUCAUACUCUAAAAUCCUGGUUAGAAUCUGAUGAAACUCCAUGUAAGUGGUAUGGUAUAACUUGUAAUAUCCAAAACAGAGUUACACAAGUUUACCUUCCUAACAAAGGUUUUAAUGGUUACAUACCUUCUGAACUAGGAGCUUUAACAUCUCUACAAAACCUAUCUCUCUCUACUAAUAACUUCACUAACAUAAUCCCUCCUCGUUUAUUCAGUGCAACUUCACUUGUUUCUCUAGAUCUCUCUCACAACUCAUUUUCUGGAACUAUUAAUCCAAAUGAUAUCAAAAACUUAACAUUACUUUCUCAUCUUGAUCUUUCCUCAAAUCUACUAAAUGGGUCACUCCCUAACACGCUUACCCUGCUUCCACAAAUCUCAGGAACCUUAAAUCUAUCUUACAAUCGCUUCUCAGGUGAAGUUCCGCCGUCGUAUGGGGAGUUCCCUGUGACGGUGAGUUUGGAUCUCAGACAUAAUAAUCUCAGUGGAAAAAUCCCUCAAGUUGGAUCACUAUUGAAUCAGGGUCCCACAGCUUUCUCUGGAAACCCUAAUCUCUGUGGGUUUCCGUUAUCUAUUCAAUGUCCUGAAGCUGCUGGAGAAGAUCCUAGAGUCCCAUUAAGCCCUGAUCAAAACCCAAACCCUAAUUAUUCUUCAACUGGAUCAAAUAUCUCGGGAAAGCCUAGAGGGAUUUCAGCAACAGUUCCUAUAAUUUCUGCAAUUUCUGUUCUUCUCGGAGUGUUCUCAAUUUCAGUAUGGCUGUUGAGGAAAAAAUGUGUCAAAGUGGAGGGCAAAAUGGGGAAAGAGAAAUGUGAUAAAGAGGAGGAGGAAGAAGAAGAUGAAGAAGGUCAAAAGGGAAAAUUCGUAGUGAUCGAUGAAGGGUUUAGUUUGGAAUUAGAAGAUUUGUUGAGGGCCUCAGCUUAUGUAGUAGGAAAAAGUAGGAGCGGAAUUGUGUAUAAAGUGGUGGCUGGGAGGUUUUCUGGUGUUACAGGAGUCGUUGUUGCAGUGAGACGCUUGAGUGAAGGUGGUGGAUUUUGGAGGUUUAAGGAGUUCAUAUCAGAGGUUGAGAUGAUUGGAAAGAUUAAACACCCUAAUAUCGUACGGCUGAGAGCUUAUUAUUUUGCUAGUGAUGAGAAAUUAUUGGUCUCUGAUUUCAUCUCGAAUGGUAGCUUGUACUCAGCAUUGCAUGGAGGACCUUCAAGUUCCUUGCCGCCGUUAUCAUGGUCUGCACGUUUGAAGAUCAUCCAAGGUUCUGCUCGUGGUCUUGCAUACAUUCAUGAGUGCAGCCCUCGAAAGUACGUCCACGGGAACAUUAAAUCAUCAAAAAUCCUUCUUGAUGAAGAUCUCCAUCCAUACAUUUCUGGUUUUGGACUCACCCGGCUCAUUUCAAGCACCAACAAAACCGCAGACCUCAAUGCCGAGAAGAAAAACUUGGCCCAGAAAGUAGUCAUCUCAGGAUUUGGCUCAAAAUCUCUGUCAUCUCCAACAUCAGUAUACUUGGCUCCUGAAGCUCAGGUUUCCAGCAGCAAAAUGUCUCAGAAAUGUGAUGUUUACUCUUUCGGGGUUGCGGUUUUGGAAACACUAACCGGUCGCCUUCCGGAUGUUGGUCCCGAAAAUGAUGAGAAGGGAUUGGAAAGUUUUGUGAGGAGAGCAUUCCAAGAGGAACGCCCAUUAUCGGAGAUUAUAGAUCCGGCACUCAUUCACGAAGUUUAUGCAAAGAAACAAGUACUUGCAGCAUUUCAUAUUGCUCUCAGUUGCACAGAAUUGGAUCCGGAGAUCCGACCAAGGAUGAGAUCUGUUUCAGAGAGUCUUGAUAGAAUUGGAUCUCCUCAUUGAAACCUUAGUUGGAGAAGUAAUAUGUUGCUCAUUUUGUUCCAGUAAUGUACAAACUGACUUGGUAGAUUGUUACUAUAUUUAUUCAAAUUUUCGAUAUUUACGCCU